GGAAAAGGCAGGUACAUGCAUUUAGGCAUCGUCGUGAUCGUGGGAACUGCUUUCAGGUGAAUUAAAUUGUGUAACACCCCACAACCACUGAUGAAGUAUGGAACCGUGUUGACAGUGUGCCAUGUCAUGGUUACUAUGGUAACGUGUCAGGACAUAGAUGACUUCGUGCCUCAGAAAGUACAGAAGAUGUUCCGUGUUCUGUCACAAAGUAAAAUGGUUGACACUCCUCCACGUGCGCGUUCUGCGGGGACGCCUGUGGGUCCAUUGGUUGCUCUUCGGGAAGAUCUGGACACGUGCAGAGCAGACGUCGCGAGACUGAAGAACAGAUUGAAGAACCUAAGCACCCAGGUGUCAAGUUCCCCGGAUGCCGUACAAAUGCCGGUUCCGGUUGAAGGUCAUUGUCCGAAGCCUGUUGCCCCGGAGUACGGCCACGUUGACUACAGCAGCACGAUAUUUGGUGCCACUGCCAACAUCGUCUGUGACGACAACUACACCUACCUGGGUCAGGGUUCACAGAUCACGUGCACGGCGAGUGGAGCAUGGAAGUCCUAUACAGACGAGACGGGCCAGUGUUACGAAUCUACUUGGACUAAUCCCGUAAUCACAUUUCAUUUUCUUGACACUCUUCCGAAAGUGUCGUGCAUUGAAUAA